GGGUGAAUCAAAAAGUUCUUAGAAGUGCAUGUAUAUGAAACCUUUUUGGAUCAAGUUCGAUAUUCAAAUUAAAGAGUGUCUAUCACACUAUAUUUAUGCACACUGUCACUUGUUUUUGUCAGUUCGUUCGCAUAUAAUAUUUUUUUUUGUGCAACGAGUUGCUAAUAAGUCAAAAUUAUGGAUAAGAGUGAGUUACGUGCGGUGAUAAAAUAUCUCAGUUUGAAAAAAAUGUCUACGAAGGAAAUUUUUUUGGAUAUUCAGCAGACAUUAGGGGGUGAUGCUGUACCCUAUUCUACGGUUGCGUACUGGGUGGCUGAAUGUAAAAGAGGUAGAUCAAGCUGUAAAGAUGACCCGCGUUCUGGGCGGCCUUCAACCUCCGUUACAGAAGAAAAUGUCAAAAAGGUUGAGAAUCUGGUUUUGGAAGACAGAAGAAUGACUAUAAAACAUAUAGCUGAGACCCUAAAGAUAUCUUUUGGUAGCAUUCAAUCCAUUUUAAUUGAUUCACUGGGGUUCAAAAAAGUGUCUGCAAGAUGGGUGCCACGAAUGUUAACCGAAGAAAACAAAAAGCGACGUUUGGAAAUUUCCAAGCGUAAUCUCGGAAUGUUCCAGCGUGAUUCGGAUAAUUUUUACCGUCGUCUUGUCACCAUGGAUGAAACGUGGGUCCACCAUUUUGAUCCUGAAACUAAAAGACAAAGCAUGUCUUGGAAACGGCCAUCCUCUCCAUCCGUCAAGAAAUUUCGAGAUUAAAGAAAAACGUCGUGGAAAACUGUCGUUGGGCGUGUUGUUCCUUCAAGAUAACGCUCCUGCUCAUCGAUCGGAAGUUGCGCUCAACGCAAUCCGCUGUGCUGGCUUCAAUCUCCUUGACCACCCACCAUAUUCUCCGGACUUAGCUCCAAGUGAUUUUCACUUAUUUCCAAAAUUAAAAGAGGAAAUUCGUGAAACAAAAUUUCACGAUAAUGACGCGGUUAUAGCUGCCGUAGAGGACUUUUUCGAGAGCCAAGAAAAUAAUUUUUUUUCACAAGGAAUAAGGAAGUUAGAAACGCGUUAUUCUAAAUGCAUUGCAUUGGAGGGAGAUUAUGUAGAAAAAUAAAAUAUUAUUAUUUAAAUUUUUGCAUUUUUUAAU